GUGUUUAUCGACUUUGUUGUGGAUGUCAGAGGUCAAGCCAUGACGUCACCUGAAAAGUCGUCAUCAUCACACAGUCCAACAAGAUGGCGGUGAACAGAGCGCACCAUCAGAACGGCGGAGUUUUAGUGUUUAAUGGAGAACGUAUUGUGAUGGACUACGAUGGUGUAGAGCUGGUGUUUGAGGACCCGGAGCCAGGCCCCCUGUCUGACCACCUCAAAGGUACCAAGAAGGGAAAGGUGUUCCUGACUAACUACAGGGUGAUCUUCCACACCAAAGGUCGUGACCUGAUGCAGUCCUUCCACAUGCCCUUCCACCUGAUGAAGGGAGUGGAGAUCAAACAGCCCAUGUUCGGAGCCAACGCCAUCAAGGGGAAAGUCAGCGCUGAACCUGGAGGUGGCUGGGAAGGAAAGGUAGUUUUCAAGAUGACAUUUAACCACGGAGGAGCCAUCGAGUUUGGUCAGGCCCUGCUGAAACUGGGCAGUGAAGCUUCUCGCAAUGGUAACAGAGCACCCCCCAUGCCCAUGGGCAAUGUGUACAUGCCCCCUCCUAACGGAGCGUAUGCCCCUGGUCCCCCUCCUCCAGGAGUGUUUGACCCUGCCUACGCGCCCCCGGCGUAUCCCACCGCACCACCGAUGGCGAACGGAGCGUACGGAGCCCCACCUCCGCCAUACCCUGGGGUUUAUGCGUCGGCGCCUCCGCCUGGAAUGAACCCCACUGAUGCGAAGGCCCAGGAAGCAGCAGCUAGUGCUUAUUAUGACCCUAACAACCCCCACAAUGUGUACCUGCCCCAACAACAGCCUGUCCCACAGGACCCACCCCCAGCAUAUGAAGAGGUAGAGGACAAGAAGAAGAAGUGAUACAAAAGCCUAUA